CUUCAAAACAAAGCCUUCAAAAAUUGAAAAUUUGAACAAUUUUCAGCAAAACAAGCUUGACACACCCUAAAACCUCCCAGUAAAAGAAAAAAAAAUUCAAAGGAGUACAAAACGAUAUAACGCACGAAACUUUGCUCAUAUUCAUAUCUGACAUAUAAUUUCAAAAUGAACACUAUAAAAAUGAUGAGGGCAAGUUUCAUAUUUUUCCUGAUUUGCGUUGUGAUAACAGAGAUCAAAUCUGAUAGUACUUGCUCUGUGAGUUACGAUAGAGCCAGAUCAAAAAUGCAUUUAGAAUUAGACUGGCUGGAAAACGCACAAGGACUACAAGGAAGACCUGGGAAAAGAGGAAUCCCUGGAAUUACAGGAGAGAAAGGAACACAGGGACAGCGAGGUGAAAAGGGGGAACAAGGAAUCAUAGGGCCAAAAGGAAAUGCAGGAAUGGUUGGACAUCCAGGUCCUAAAGGUGAAGUUUCACAAGAAUAUUUGGCAAAUUUAGAAGCCAAAAUGCUGAAGUUUGCGUCUCUCCCUUGGGUAGAAGUAAAUGAAAGAUUCUCAUAUUUUUCGAGCUCUUUCUCCAUGACUUGGAAUGAAGGGAAAAUAUAUUGUGAGGAAAGGAAUGCUGAAUUAGCUCACAAGGGCCUGAAAAAGUCAUCUAUCCUAAGUCUCGUGAAAAAUAACGAAAAACUAAUAGCUCCCCAAAACUAUUACUGGAUUGGAAUAAAUCUUAUCGAAGGAGAUUUCAAAUGGUUAGAUGGGGCUGCAGUAGAUAGCAAUAUAUGGAAUACCUGGCAGGAAACUGAAUCUACGUUUAACUGCGGAAUAUUAAGACAUGGUGAAAUUGGUGUUCACAGACAACAAUGCAAUGAUCGUAUGAAAGUACUUUGUGAAUUUGAAUUAAAAUGAGUUCUACUGAUCAUAAUCCUUAGUCACUCAUCUGAACAGUUCUAUGAAAUUAGAUUUUUACUUUCAAAUUUAAAACUAGAGUCAAAGUGUAUUGUUAAAUUAGUAUCUGUGUGUCUGAUUGGAAAUUUUAAAUUCUACCAAAAACACUGAAAACGACUUCUACAAGAAUAGAGUUGGAAUAAGGUAGAUUGGAAAAUUUGAAAUUUGUCUGAACGAUUUGUAAACAUCAAUAAUUUGUAGCGAUUACAACUAAAAUAUACAAAAUGUUCCAAAAUAUGAGCUCUUCAUUUUUAUUGUUUAUACCUAUCACAUUUUAUUAUGGGUUACGCAUAAAUUCUCUCUCAUGCGUGUUUACAGUACACAUACCAAAACCAAAGCGCAUUGUACCGGUAAUUGCCUUUUUCUCGUGAUACACACACAAAUGUAGCAACAACAAUUUAUAAUAAUUACAGCGAAGAUAUCCCAUAUUCACAGUGUGAAAAUGACGAUACAUGAUAACUGACCUGUUUCUGUAUUUAUUGGUACUAUGUUAAUAAUAAAUCAACUCAAAAAAAAAAUAUGCCACGCUGCCCAUGAAAACUGUUGGGGGAAGUAUGUUAUUAUCCUCCUCUUUCUGUAUUUUCUGGUACGAUGCUAAUAAUAUCUCGACCCCCAAAUAAUAAAAAUAAAAAUAGAUCGUCACCC